CGGUCUCUCGUUUUCCAUUCUUACCUAUCGAAAUCAAUGGAAGCAACCGAGGUCGAAGAGGUUCGUACGGGAGCGCUUCGUUCCUUCGAUUCCCUUCCUCCUCUUACUUCUAUUUCAUCGGAAGAAGAGAGCCGAAAUAUCACCCGAAUCGACGACCGGCGGCUUCAAUAUCGUCCAAACGCUCAGGAAUGCUACAAUCCUCAGCUCCUAAAAUUUGUUGUUCCUUGCUGCAAGCCAGCGGAUGGUGGUUUGCCCCUCCUAUUUUGUUCAUCAAUGGAGUGGGCCUAUAUGAUCAUCUGCUUCCGUUCAGCUCAACCGAUGACAUCUCUCAGUGAACGUGGCUUCGCUCAUAUGUUUUUCCAAACAAGAGUAAAACAAAAAGAAAUGAAUUAAUGGGGACACUAGAGGUUGGUUAAAGAUAUUUACACUCUUCAGUCUGUAAACUCUUAUGGCUUGCCAUCACUUCACUUCCCUUCUUAUGAAGAUCUGAGCCUUCC